AUGGACCGGUAUCUGAUAUUGGGCCUGGUGCUGGGAGCCAUUGUAGCUGCUCAUACAGACACAUUACCCACAAUACCGUGGGAUGAUGAAGACGUCUCCGUCAUGUGCCUGAUCAGCACCGAUUACUACAACAAAGUGUCCGGAGAGAGCGCCCUCUACAGGCUCCACGGGAACUGCACCGAGUACAAGGCGAAUGAGACGUCUUCUUAUCACCAACUUCAUUUCACCAUAAAAGAAACAACAUGUCAGAAAUCUGAGGAAGAGGCGACCGAGGACUGCGCCAUUCUAGAGGACGGGCUGGUAAAGUUGUGUGCGGCAUCUAUCAUGAUGGAGGACGAUCGUGAUGUCAUUGUGGUGACUUGUGACAAUGCGGCUCAGCAGAGAUCAAGAGUGAGGAGAUCGAGGAGCGGAGGAAGAGGAAACAGGGGAGGAGGAAACAGGGGAAGAGGAAACGGGGGAAGAGGAAACGGUGGACGAGGAAACGGGGGAAGAGGAAACGGGGGAGGAGGAAACGGUGGACGAGGAAACGGGGGAAGAGGAAACGGGGGAAGAGGAAACGGUGGAGGGCGAGCUGGGUCUGGAUCCUCCAUUGCAGGAGUUGGUAGUAGAGGGGGUACCAGGCACGCUUAACAUUUUUGUAAUAACUUUAUUUCUUACUUUGUUCAUGUGACACGGCUGCUCUUUUGACUCCAGUUGAUGUCA